UGGCAGCCCGACCGCGGCCCUCGGGCUGGGAGCGAGCGAGGCUACAGUGGCGGGAGGGGAAGGAGCGCGCCUUUUCGGCUCUGCCGUCCCCGGUCUCGAGCACGCCGGGGACCGGGACCCCCGGCUCUGGUGGGCGCCACGCGACACCCGGGCGCUUCCCGAGCCCGGCGGAACAAAAGACGGGCCGCGGCUGUUCCCGCCCGGAGUGGCACCGCUGAGCGCCGGGCCCCGCCGGAGCGCUUCCCGGGGCACCGGAAGCUGCCUCAGCGAGGAGGCUCGGGGCCGUGCCAGCCGGGGAGGCCGCGGACCGGAGCGGCAGGAGCCGGUGGGUACCGCCGCGGUCGGGGCCUAGCGGCGGGCACAGCCCACCCCCGGCCGGCUGCAGCGCCCCGCGCGUUCCCCGCUCGGCAGCGCGGCCCCUCCGUGCCUUUCGGGGUGGCCGCCUCGGCCCCGUGGCACCCGCAUCCCCUCCGGACGUACGGCUUCUCCUCUCCCCUUUCCCUCCGGGCCGGGCCUUUGGGCGCUCGGAGCCGCCCCCCUUCCCCGGAGCAGCAGGACCGUGAACCGGGGAGUCAAGUCCACCGGCCAGCAGCUUGCCUUUGCCGGGCCUUGAUAAAACAAAGAUGUUUCCUCACAUACAACGAUGCUGCUUCCACACACCUUUCAAACUCCAGAAGUUGACCGUUCCCAGACUACUACUGUAUGGAAAGAAUAAGACAACUUGGUCUUCUCUCAGCCUCCAGCUGCAGAGAAACGUGUGUCCUCUCUCAAGAUCUCCAAGCCUCAACCCAGCAUCAGUAUAUGCGACUAAGCUCCAGGCUUUUCAUACGUCUCCCCCCUUCUUCAAGAAGAAAACCCCCAAAGAAUCUGAGACCAAAGACUUGGGCGUCUUGCAACGAAGUAUGAAAUCACUGAAGGAUUCUCCCAAGCCAGCCCUCCACUUAAGCCUUGCAGGGCUAAUUCCAUUUGUUUCUGUUCCACUGUUAAUGGCCAUCCAAGGGACCUACUACCCAGAGCUGGCAUUUGCUCAGAUUACGUAUGGUGCCGUAACAGUCUCUUUCCUAGGAGGAAAGAGGUGGGGGUUUGCUCUCCCGGAAAACAGCCCAGCCAAGCCAGACUGGCUGAACCUGGCUAACAGUACAGUUCCUCCUCUACUUGCCUGGCAAGCCUUACUUUUUAAAGAUACCACACGUGGUGCAAUAAUGCUAAUAAUGGCCUUGGGGAUAGCACUACAUUAUGACCUUUCCCUUCUUCCUACUUAUCCUAGGUGGUUUAAAGUACUGAGGGUAGUGGGAACAGUGGUGAUGGUAUUAUCACUGUUAGCUACUGCAGCAUUGAAGACUAUUUCAGAGGAGCACCCUAGUAACAGAAGAAAUAAAUGGCAAAACACAAAACAAUAAAUCAAUAGGAAAAAGCUAUUUAUCUGCCAAUAAGGUAUUUGUAUUGAGUUUCAGGGGAAGUAAAGACUUAUUUAUGCUUAGAAGUUGUAGGAUGGCAGGGAUCAAGAAGCUUAUUCUCAAAGCGAACAACUUCGCUAGUUUAGGAGGGAAGGAUUGUAAAUAGCAGUGACUUCCAAGGCAGGCAUGAGUCUGUCCUUAUCUGUAGAACAAAGCAUCACUCUUGAAGGAGAUGUUACUGUCAUAUGAAUUUAAAAUGGAGAAUCUAAUGACACGCGUAUGAACUGCUCUAUGCUGAAUUAUUAAAGUAUCUGGUUUAACUAUAA